CUUUCCCUUUGUCUUUUUGGUCAACCCAAAUUCCACACUACUCGGCCUGCUCCACCAGCUUAGUCGACGCGUGUUGGUCAAUUAUGGAGUCGGCAGAAUCAGCAUUGGGGAGCGAUAUGGGACUGGUGGUGGUCGUUUGCAGUAGUAGUUGGAUUGGUGGUGUUGUUUGUGAAGAAGAGAUCAUCCGAGUAAUGUAGUGGUGGUUUCGAAUGAGGAGAUAGAGGUGGAACCUGGAAAGGUUAAAGUUACGCUGUUUUUUGCUGCUCAAACUGCUACUGCUCAAGGCUUUGCUAAGGAUUUAGCUGAGGAGGUAAAGGCAAGAUACAAGAAAGCCGUUGUGAAAAUUGUCGACAUGGAGGAUUAUGCUGCUGAUGAUGAUCAGUAUGAAGAAAGCAUUUUUCAUGGUGGCGACAUAUGGGGAAGGGGAGCCUACUGACAAUGCCGCGAGAUUUUACAAAUGGUUUACUGAGGGACAAGAAUGGGGCUUGUGGCUUCAGCAGCUUUCUUAUGGUGUUUUUGGGUUGGGCAAUCGGCAAUAUGAACAUUUUAACAAGAUUGGGGAGGUGAUAGAUGAAAAUCUAAGUCAACGAGGUGCAAAACGUCUUGUGGCGCUUGGCCUUGGGGAUGAUGAUCAGUGCAUUGAAGACGAUUUUGGCGCUUGAUAUGAAACUGGAGAUCACGUGGGUGUUUAUGCUGAAAAUCGUGAAGAAACUGUUGAGGAAGCUGCGAGAUUAUUGGAUCAGCCUUUAGACUUAUUAUUCUCCAUUCAGAAUGACAAAGAGGAUGGUACAGCUUUGGGAGGCUCAUUGCUGCCGCCUUUUCCUGGUCCUUGCACUAUGCACGCUGCGCUUGCUCAUUAUGCAGAUCUUCUAAGUCCUCCUCGAAAGGUCGCACAUUGGGCAUUUUAUUUCAUUAAAAGUUAACAGCCCAGUAUGGGGCUAAGCCCAACCCGGGAAAAACAACAAAACAAAAUGCAAAGAACAUGAAAAUGGAAACAACACUCCCAAUUUAGAAACCCUAGAAACUUCUUCAUCUUCUUGUUCAUCCAUGUCCAAGGUCCAAAUUGGUUGCUGCUUGUAGCUGAAACGACUGAGAUCAUGUUGAUUAUUUCACCUCUCUAUUCCUCCAUUGCCUGAGCUGCUUCCAGAUCCCCACAUCUGAUUUUCAAUCUGACCUUCAUACAAGGAAAAAGAUUGGCAGUGGUAGAUUGCAUGAUGGCUUAUAUUUGAUCGAUGGAACUCGAGACUCUGGUCAGGCCUUUUUUGUUGGAAAUAAGGAUGUCAACCGAGAAAUAAUACAGUGACAUAGACGGUUUUUCAGAUGUUACAGGCUGCUGCUCAGUCUCAUCCUCAACAUGAGAUUCUUCAGGCUUCUUUGAUUGCAUUAGCUGCUCAUGCGACCGAACCUAGAGAAGCAGAAAGGCUUAGAUUCUUGGCAUCUCCACAGGGCAAGGGUGAGUACUCUCAAUGGGUUCUUGCUAGUCAACGAAGUCUUCUUGAAGUGAUGGCUGAAUUUCCUUCGGCCAGACCACCUAUUGGUUUAUUUUUUGCAGCAGUCGCCCCUCGUUUACCCCCACGUUAUUAUUCUAUCUCAUCAUCUCCCAGAUUUGCUCCUGAUAGAGUUCAUGUGACCUGUGCUCUAGUUUAUGGUCCAAGUCCCACUGGUCGAAUUCACAAAGGAGUAUGUUCAACCUGGAUGAAGGAUUUCAUUUAUGAGGAGGAGCUUAACACUUUUGUGGAUCAAGGUAUAAUUUCAGAGCUGAUAGUUGCAUUUUCAAGGGAAGGGUCACAGAAGGUGUAUGUUCAACAUAAGAUGACGGAAAAAGCCUCCCAGUUAUGGAGUUUAAUCUCCCAGGAAGGAUAUCUAUAUGUAUGUGGAGAUGCAAAAGGGAUGGCCAGAGAUGUACAUCGUACACUACAUACCAUAGUCCAGGAGCAGGAAAUGGUUGACUCAACCAAAGCAGAGGCCAUUGUUAAGAAACUUCAGAUGGAUGGAAGAUAUCUGAGGGAUGUCUGGUGAUCAUUAAGGCACAUUCUGUCUACACCCAACCAAUUUUGUUCCUUUUUUUAUUUUUUUUAUUCUUUAACUUGUAGACGCUUGGUGAGUUCCCUUCAGUUGAUUUAGUUCGAGCAGGCAAUGGCUAUAAACGGCCAAUACACAAGGUCUGGAUUCUUUGCAACGUCUAAUUUCCGUCCACUCGUCGGCUAUUUCCUGUUUUAGUGGAGUGGACACAAGUUAACUUUACAUUUGUACCGUCCUUUGUAAGAGAUUCAUAGUCUACAUAGAAAUUGUUAUAUUAGUUGGCUAACACAAGUAACACAACUCCAAAGCAUACUGUAACCUAUAUAGAAGGCUUUUUGAAUGAAUAGCUACACAAAAGAAAGCAGAUAUGAUAAAUGUGUUUGUGCACAUCGUCUUCCUGCUGCUUUAAAAAAUCAAGGGAAUUCUGGUGCACUUCAUUA